AUGAAGGGAGCUAUUUUUGCCGCCGCCUUGGUCGGCUCUGCCUUGGCCGAUGGUGUCCACCGUCGCCAUGACGCUUUCCACCAGCGUCGUGAGGCCUCAGCCAGCUCUUGGGCUUCCAGCGUCACUUCAACUCUCCCUCUGGACCCCGAGGAGACCUGCGGCUGCACUACCAAGGUCAUCACUUACUACGGCGCCGCUACCUUGGUUUCUACUGAGACUAUUGCUCCUCCUCCUGCUUCUUCUCCUUCCCCUCCUCCUUCCUCUACUCCCCUCCCCGAGUCCACCACCACUCUCACCAACACUGUGCACUCCACCAGCACCAGCACUCUGACCGUGACUGUCUCGGGCUCUUCCUCCUCGGCCCCGGCCCCGGUCGUCUCUAGCACCGCUGUUGCUACUCCUACCGUGGAGCUGCCCACCCCCGGUGUCAGCACUUUCUCCACCACCGGUGUCUACACCAUCCCGGCCACCACCAUCACCGUCUUCGACACCACCACCGUCUGCGGUGCCACCUCCACUGAAGUCCCCAGCGGCACCCACACCUACGGUGGUGUUACCACCAUUGUCACCACUGCCACCACUGUCGUCUGCCCCUACGCCACUGUCAAGCCCUCCGGCAGCACCGUGACCAGCGUCAUUGAGACCACCACCUACGUCUGCCCCAGCGCUGGUACCUACACCAUUGUGCCUCCUACCACCACCUCUGUGCCCACCAGCACCGUCCUGGUCUACCCUACCCCCACCACCGUGGUGCCCGGUACCUACACCCAGGAUGAGUCCGUCGUCACCGUGACCCGCACUGACUACACCUACAUCUGCCCCGCUCCCACCAAUGGCCUGGCCUCCACCACCGCCGCUGUUGUCCCUACUGUUGUUGCCACCACCACCGCUGUUCCCACCAGCACUGCCGUCCCCGUCAGCUCCAGCUCCAGCUCCAGCGCCAGCUCCACUACCUCCGCCGUCAGCAAGCCCAAGGCUACCGGUAUCCCCACCGAUCUCGGUGAGGGCCAGUGGGGUAUGACUUACUCCCCCUACACCGACGGAGGCGAGUGCAAGACCAAGCAGGAGGUUCUCAACGAUCUCACCGUCAUCAAGGGCAAGGGCUUCAACCUGAUCCGUGUGUACUCCACUGACUGCAGCGGUCUCGAGUUCAUCGGUGACGCCUGCAAGGAGCUCAAACUCACCAUCAUCAUGGGUGUCUUCAUCGAUGGCUCCGGUAUCUCCGGUGCCCAGGAGCAGGUCACCGAGAUCUCCAAGUGGGCCGAGUGGGACAUGGUCGAGCUGAUCGUUGUCGGUAACGAGGCUAUCCAAUCCGGCGUCAUUGAUGCCGCCAACCUGGCCUCUUUCAUCCAGUCCUCUUCCGCCAGCUUCAAGGCCGCCGGUUACACCGGUCUCAUCACCACCACCGAGCCCAUCAACGUCUGGCAGCAACACGGUGCUGGUGCUCUCUGCGGCGCCGUCGACAUCGUCGGUGCUAACAUCCACCCCUUCUUCAACGCCGAUGUCACCGCCGAGAAGGCCGGUGAGUUCACCAAGGGCGAGUUCGAGGAGCUCGAGCGCAUCUGUGGUGGAAAGGACGUCAUCAACCUCGAGACUGGCUGGCCCAACGCCGGUUCCCCCAACGGCGCUGCCAUCCCCGGUACCGCUCAGCAGGCCGUUGCCAUCAAGUCCAUUGUCAAGGCUGUUGGCUCCAAGUCCAUCUUCUUCUCCUACUCCGAUGACACCUGGAAGAACCCUGGUGAGUUCAACGUCGAGCAGCACUGGGGUUGCUCUGGAGUCUUCUAA